AUGCUUCAAGUAACGACAGACCGGACGGCCGGAAGGCGCAGCAGUUCCAUCGGUUGUCGUUCGAUUGUCGGCCGGCGAACGUCGAUGUACAUCAACCAGACUCAGCACGAUCGGGAUCCAUUCAAGCUCAUUCUCGAAAUCAACAGCGAGGUAGCGCUCUUCAGGGACCUUCUGAUACACGUCGGACAGGCGCGGGAUUGCCCGGAGCUGCGAGAGAAGAUCCGAAAACUGCGGAGAUCCUGCGUGGAAGCCUGCAAACACACGGCAGCGUUGAUAUUACCGCAAAUACGAACAGCACUGGCCGAAGGCAUCCUGGCAGAUAAUCCACACCUGGUGCUGCUGUUCUACCUAGCUCAACUGUUUCUACGGGAACUAAUCAAAAGCCACCGCUUGGUGCAGGUCAUUCCUAUGGAUAUGUCCGGUUACUACGAAAACCGCGCCGGGCCGUCGAACCUCGGCAACGUGAUAAGCCAAAUACUGUUAUGCAAGCAAAUUACCCCCGACUUCAACCAGGAGGAACUGUGCAGCAUAACCAAGGACUCGCAGGAAAUCGCCCGGAUACUGCAGGAUCUGCAGGAGUUUAUGCCGCAGCAAGAAACCUACCUGGAACGCACCAUCGCGCUGACGACCGAAAUUAACGGACCGUGGCCAGCCAAGCGUCGACGGGGUUCGCUCUACAAAAACAUGGGUCUGCUCUGUUGUGUUUCGAGGCCAAACUACCUAUGA